AUGCCAACGCCCACUCUCUCCAGCACAAGUCUCCUCAACCUAGGACCCCUAACGACAAUAUGGACAGCCCUAGUAUCAUGCGCAACCGCAACGCCAACCCAAGCGCUAGCUCGAUUCCUUGACCCCGGUGUGGUCUACUGGUCACAAACCUGCCAAGUCGACCGCGAUCCGUAUAACGACUGCAUCCCCUCCGGCGAGUUGCUGAGCUCAGGGUACCGUUCACGCCGAACCUCUACCCAGAAGUUCCUCUUCCAUCACUCCUCGGGCAGCCAGUGUCCCUCCGGAUGGGCCACCGUGGGCUACGGCGUCCGCGACGAGACGUCGUCACACUCCUUGAGCGGCGUCUUCGCGGACCCGACGGUGACGGUCGACUUGCGGACGACGAUGUCUAUUGCGUCGGAGCUCAAGCCCAGGUUUGAGUUGGCGCCGAAUUUGUUCAUGUCGGCGAUGGGGCCUUCGGAGACUGUGGUCAUGUGCUGUCCGAGUGGUUAUACUGGGGGAUUCUAUGGGAACUGCUACUCUUCGACCGCUAGAGAGGCCUAA